GCCCGCCCCCGCGGCGGCUGCGUGCGGCCGGGCCCGGCCACCCGGCGCCGCGGUCGUGCCGCCGGGAUCGCUCGCCGUAGCUGAGCUGGUGAGAUAAUGGAGCUGAGGACUGUGGUAGCCACGGUGGAAAGCGGAGAGCAAGACACAGUUCUCAAGGUGCUUCAGAUCUACAACCAAGAGAAAUCUCAGUGCUUCACCUUUGAUGAUGAGGAGCGGGAAGAGAGGAAGAAAAUGGCCCAGCUGCUGAUCAAGUUCUUGGAAAGAGAGCUUCAGCCAUCCUGCCAGGUCACAUGUUUAGAAAGCAUCCGUAUUCUGUCCCGGGACAAAUACUGCCUUGACCCUUUCACCACCAAGGAAGGCCUGAAGACCCUCUCCAGGCAUGCUGGCAUCGAUUACUCGGAGGAGCUCAUCCGAGAGGUCCCAGAUUUGGAUGUAAUCCUGGAAUCCCUAAAAUGUCUCUGCAACGUUGUCUUCAGCAGCCCAAGGGCACAGGAGCUGACAGCUGAAGCCCGGCUAGUGGUGGGACUGGCCAAGCGCAUCAAACUGUACAAUGAGAGAAACCUUCCUCACGAGGUCAAGUUCUUUGACCUGCGUCUCCUGUUCCUACUGACAGCACUCAGAGUGGACAUCCGGCAGCAGCUAGCCCAAGAGCUCAGGGGCAUCAGCCUGAUGACAGAUACCUUGGAGCUAACCCUUGGUGUGAAGUGGAUUGAUCCAUAUGAAGUUGCCACCGAGGAGGGACUUCUCCCACCUUUGCCUCGGCAGGAGACAGAGCGAGCAAUGGAAAUCCUGAAAGUGCUCUUCAAUAUCACCUUUGAUUCCAGCAAGAGGGAGGUGGAUGAGGAAGAUGCUGCUUUGUACCGGCACUUGGGUGCUCUCCUGCGCCACUGCCUCAUGAUCUCUGCUGAUGGAGAGGACCGGACAGAGGAAUUCCACAGCCAUACAGUUAACCUUUUGGGCAACCUGCCCCUGAAAUGCCUGGAUGUCCUCUUGACCCCAAAAGUCCGGCCAGGCUCGCUUGAGUACAUGGGUGUCAAUAUGGAUGCAGUCAGCAUUCUGCUAGAUUUCCUAGAGCGACGUCUUGACAGGGGACACAAGCUGAAGGAGAAUCUGACUCCUGUACUAAACCUGCUGACUGAGAGUGCCCGAGUGCAUCGCCAGACGAGGAAGUUCCUGAAGGCAAAGGUGCUGCCUCCUCUCCGGGAUGUAAGGAAUCGGCCAGAGGUGGGGAACUCGCUGCGGAACAAGCUGGUGCGUUUGAUGACCCACAUUGACACUGAUGUGAAGCACUGUGCAGCAGAGUUCCUCUUUGUGCUCUGCAAGGAGAGUGUGUCACGGUUUGUGAAGUACACAGGUUAUGGGAAUGCAGCUGGGCUUCUGGCAGCACGAGGCCUCAUGGCUGGUGGUCGGGAAGAGGGAGAGUACUCGGAGGAUGAAGACACUGACACAGAGGAGUACAAAGAAGCAAAGCCCAACAUUAAUCCUGUGACAGGACGUGUUGAGGAGAAACUUCCCAACCCCAUGGAAGGGAUGACUGAAGAGCAGAAGGAAUAUGAAGCCAUGAAGUUAGUCAACAUGUUUGACAAGCUGUCCAGAGAGCAAGUCAUCCAACCAAUGGGCAUCACGCCAAGUGGCAACCUUGCCCCCAUGGAGAACACCAUCCGUGAUAUGGCUGACGAGAGGUCGUCGUCCGACUCGGACCUGGGGCUGGACUGAUAUCGACCUCUUGCCCCAACCCCCAGAGGACUGGGGAGCCUCCAUCUGCUCUCCCUCCAGAACUGGUGCUGCACCUGGAGGCUAGUAUUGGGCCAGGACUCUCCCUGUGGGAUCUGAAUCCUGCCUGGACCCUUCACAGUCCACAAUGAAGAACACCCCCCUGCCUCCCUCCCAUCUCUACAACCACCUCUUUCCAGAGGCUCUUCGUGGCCUGGCUCCACCUUGGUCUCUCCUCUCAACAGUCUUGAGGAUUACGGAGUCCAAACUGCUUCCAGGACUUUCCAUUAGGUUUUUCUUUUCAUAUGUGAUAUUUGGGAAGAUGGGUGGGGGGGUCUUUGUGUCUUUGUGUCACAUCAACAUGUUCAGUAAUCUGUGGAGCAUCGUGAGACGUGCACACUGACAUGUAGCCUGUACAUGGUUACACGGGGGAGUCAUUCUCCAGGAAUGCACAUGGGAGCGUGGGCUCCAUGAGAGGGGUGUAAGUGGUUAUCCCCUGCAGAUGCUGGAGAGGGUAUGGCUGUGGGUGCCUCAGUGUAGUACCUGCAUUUCAUUAGAUCCCUGUACGUGUGUGCUCUGCGAACGGUGGUAUGUGUGGUGGUGUCUGCGCACACAGGAGUGCGAGUGUGGACUCAUGAGUGUGAGUGCAGGUGCACUGCACUGACCAGCAUGUGCACGGGGGGAGGCAAGUGAAGCUCUUGGUUGAAGCUUCCAGCACUCCCGUUGACCACAGGAGAGAAACUUGCAAGUGGCUGGCAGAAACACUCUGAUACCUAGUCUGUGGCACUGUGCAAUGUUUCUGUUACCAUUGAGUUUCAUUUCCGCAUUAGCCUUUGUCUAUUGCCCUUUUGAAAUGAAAGGCCAGAAUCUGUGCUGUAUGUUGCCUCCUCAUCUGCCUUGGCUUUCCCACAGAUACAUUUCUUCUUGUGGCCGGGGGCUGGUAUUGAUCCUGUCCUUUGCUGCAGCUUAGAUUUGUCUUUUUUUUUCCCCCUUUUUAAAGAAAAAUGAUUUAAAAGAAAAUCCUCUGAUCUGUCAUGUACCAAAACUUAUUAGCACACAUAGGAAUGCAGAAGUUAUGCUAGAAUAAAGAAAACCUUCUGACAAA